AUGUGCGAUGUAGAGAAGCAAGGAGACAGUUUGGUCUUCCUUACAUUUGCGUCACCUGACAAAAGUGCUGAGAGGAAAACAGAGCAGGCAGCUGCCAGCCCAGUGGUGUGCUACGCAGCCGACCGCAAUGAACUGCGCAGCCGCGUGAUCCAGUGGCUGCAGACUGAGGUUGUCCCCGAUGGCUGGUUUGUCAAAGGAUCCAACUUCUCCAACAUCCUGCAGAGAUACUUCAAGUCCUAUGACAACGGUGAUUCUCAGCUGGACUCCUCAGAGCUCCUCAAGUUCAUCCAGCACAACGAGUCUGUUGUGGAGAUGCAGUCCUACGCUGACCAGGAGAGCAACAAGCUGCUCAGGAGCCUGUGUGUUGACGCCCUCAUCGAGCUCUCUGAUGAGAACGCAGACUGGAAGCUGAGCUUUGACGAAUUCCUCAACUGUCUGAAACCUGGCUUCAAUCCACCAGAGAAGAAAUGUGCCUUGGAGGAUGAGACAUAUGAGGACGGAGCAGAGACCCAGGUGGAGUGUAACCGCUGUGUUUGUGCAUGCGGCAACUGGGUCUGCACCGCGAUGACCUGCACUGACAAAAUGGCGGCUGUGGAUGAUUCCACAGAUACUGGGGCAGAGAUGACUGAGGAGGAGUGGAACCUCCGUGUGGCUGAGCUCAACAAGCACCAGGAAACAGUUGAGAAGAUGAAGAGCAGCACAAAGGAGGUCUAAACAAGGACGCAGUGAAGGAGAGGAUGCACGCCAUCGCCCUUCUUCCAUACUUGAUUUACCUUGUGAAAGGUGUCAUUGUUAAACUGACUUUUUUUCUCUGCUAUGUUAAUUAUACAUUUUUACAUUGUGCAAGUGUUUGUGAUGUUGUCUGUUAGAUUCAGGGGCUAUCAAAGAGUAUCAUAGGGUUCCCUUUUGUUCAGUACUGUCAUGUUCGAUUGUAUUACUGUGCCCCCCCACUAGCCCAGGGGCUAUUUUUUACCACAAUCCUUUAUAUUUUUUAGUUAUUCUGAAACAAACUGUCGAGUUGUCACUGUUUCUGGCAAGUGGGAGUCGCUGUUUGAGAAGGUUUACGGGGUUGAGGAACUUGGAGAAUCCACCUGUUGAAAAUAGGGAGUUGAAGACUGACCUCUGAACACCUGGUGCAGCAUUUUUAGGUUUUUUGGUAAGGAGGUUGGUUGUAGGAGCUGGAAUAAAUAUGAGGGUAUAGCUACUCGUGAUUUUUGAUUUUGUUGCCAUGUAGAACUGCCACAGUCGGCCACUACUUGACCAAUGCACUUCUUUUUCUGUCUCUCUCGUUUCCUUAGGCUUUAGUUUAUCACAAGCCUUUGUUUAUAUCUUAGUGCUAAAGUAAUGAUUUCACUGCAAAAACAAAAUGUUUGCUUCUUUGUAAAGUUAUUGACUGGAGUUGGAACUCAUCUUGUUCCCGUGUUAUGCUUAGGCAAGUCUCUCUGGGGCUCCUCGAUCAAACAUUUUUAAUGUUACGUUUCUGAGACACAAACAUGGCAGCCCAAUGUUCCGGGUGAAACCUGCACCCAGGUGAGACGUGAUCUGAAUAUAGCACGGUGAAAACUGAAACCAAAGUCUUGAUGACAUGUUUGAAUGAUGUACAAAACUCUCCAGGUAAAACUCUGGACCCAGCAACAACACUAUACCUGUGCUUUCAAAUCCACUCUAACAGCAGGACUAGCCUCACUGUAAACUUUAGUAGCUUAGACGCAUCAUUUCUUGGUGCAUAUAAAGUGCUUGUGUGUGUGUGUGUAUGCGUGUGAUUGUGUGUGUGUUGUUGAAGUGUGAUGCUGAGAGUAGUUUGGUUUUGUUGAAUGUUUUUAUUUGUUCAAAUCCUGUAUCUGAAUUGGGAGGAUUGACAAUAAAAAUCAGUGCCUUAGACCUGCAAACAGAAUAGGUCUCUACCUUUGCCUGCACAGAGGCUCUUAUGGCCGCACGGCAGAGCAAGUGCGAGUGCGCUUUACUGACGUUUAGCAGUAAACUAGUGCUUUGUGACUUUAUCCCUAAUGACUGUGUGAAAGUUGCAUUACCUGGUUCUAGCUAAACAUCUGUAUUCCACUUAAAGUGCAGAGACUGUAGGAACAUGUAUGUAUGCCAAUAAAGCCCAUACACCACAA